GUGUGUAUUUGUAUGUGUGUGUGUGUAAUAUACAAAACCAUAUUUCACCUUUGUAUUCCCCUCCAUGUGACGAAUAGUGUUUUAUAAUCUGAAAAACAAUUUACGACAUAACAGUGCAUGCGCUACCCUUCUUCCGCGUGUACCACAAAGGAACUGUUUCUUUGCUUAAUCUAAUUAACUCCCAGUACGCGCGGUAACUGCACACAUUUUAAUCCAAGGUAAUCAGCACCGUCCUAAGUGCUGACAACUCGGUGCCUUGAGUAACGCUAGAAUCUAGCACUCCAUUAUUAAGAUCUUCAUAGUUUAAGUUUGCAGGGAACACAGGCACUAUCCGUGAUGCAACGUGAUCUAGCAUGAGGCGAUAUCGCAAGUGCUAAGCUUCUAAUUCAACAUCAUGUAAAACAGUUUGUUUGCUUUUUACGUUCAUUUCAUAGUAAACUAUUUCCCUAAACCAUUCGGUUCGGGUCUUCAGUUUGAAAGAUGAUGACAUUGCCGAGCGCAGGAUUAUGGUCGACAGCCACCAGCAUCUAGAUCAACACUCAACAGUAUUCAACGGGUUCAACCGUUCAAGCAUCAGCACCACUAGGACUGUGAUAGAUGGGAAACGGUGCUUUAGCAGCUGCUUCUGCUCAUCAAUCAGCUAAACGAAAGCUUCAUAGCCUGUUAUGUGCUGUUGCUAGUAGCCGCUAGUAGAGAUCUGGACUCAUCCAGGAGUUAGUUAGGUACUGUGAAAGUGUGAGAGAAAGCCAACCGAAAGCCAUGGACAAACUGCACGACUAUCAAGGAGUGGCGGGGCGAUGGCACGAGCUCCGUUCGAACGUGAGCCAAUGGCGCAGCGAGUGGCGCGAGAGACACCCGGGCGGUGUGCGGCAGUACCUGAAGGACACGAUACUGCAGGCCGGACCGUCGCACACAUCCGACCCGAUAGGCACGGAUACCGAGCACGGUGUGCGGACGGGCUGGAACGAAGGUGCGGUUGAUUUCUCGCACAUCUAUCGUCGCAAGACACGUCUGGAGCUGAUCCGCAUCUCGGCCGCCGUGAUGGGGAUCGAGUUUUCCUACGCCGCCGAGACGGCGUUCGUUUCGCCGACCCUGCUGAAGAUUGGCGUUGAGCAUCAGCACAUGACGCUGGUGUGGUGUCUGUCGCCGCUGGUCGGCUUUUUCCUAACGCCCGUGCUCGGUUCGCUCAGCGACCGGUGUCGCAGCAAGUUCGGCCGCCGAAGACCGUUCAUCAUGCUGCUGUCAUUGGGCGUACUGCUCGGGCUGCUGCUCGUCCCGAACGGCGAGGACGUUGGGUACGCGAUGGGCGACUUUAACCCGUACGCGGUCAACGUAACGGCUGGUGGCAACAGCACCAGCGACAGUACGCCAGCGAGCCUGGUGUGGCAGGAACCGGUGGACACGAGCACGGUGGAUCCCGUAGUGUCGACCGUUAUCCCACCGACCGUUCCCGAGCAUCGGCCCCGCCAUCCGUGGGGCAUCUUUUUCACCAUCCUCGGCACGGUGCUGCUCGACUUCGACGCGGACGCCUGCCAAAGCCCGGCCCGGGCGUUCCUGCUGGACGUGACCGUGCCGGAGGACCACGCCCGGGGCCUAUCCACCUUCACCAUCAUGGCCGGGCUGGGCGGGUUCAUGGGCUACUCGCUCGGUGGCAUCGACUGGGACAGCACCUCGCUCGGCAUCGUGCUCGGCGGGCACGUCCGGGCCGUCUUUUCGCUCAUCACCGUCAUCUUUAUCGUGUGCGUCCUCUGCACCGUGACGAGCUUCAGCGAGAUCCCGCUCUGGAUACUGGAGGAAGAGCUGGAACGGCAGGACCCGCCGGUGGAGGGGCGCUCGAACCGACUCGCCAGCGAGGAACCGGCCACGUACGGUGCCACGCGGCACGACCGCCGGUCCCAGCCGGAGGCAUCGCCGGCCAGCGCCAGCUACGACGAACUGCCGGGCGAAAACUUCACCGAGACAAGCUUUAGCGGUCCGCCCGCGUCCAAAUCGCCCGCCAAUGGGGACGCCAAUGUGGGCAGCAGUGUCAGGCGCAGCGUGGAUGAGAAUGGGCGCGAGACGCCCUGCGAGCAAGGCGACAAGCCAACCGUUACGCUCAGCAUGUAUCUGCUGUCGAUCGUCUAUAUGCCGCACUCGCUGCGGAUGGUCUGCCUGACGAACCUGUUCUGCUGGAUGGCGCACGUCUGCUAUUCGCUCUACUUUACCGAUUUUGUCGGCGAGGCUGUGUUCGAUGGGGACCCAAAGGCACUCGACGGUACCGAAAAGUAUUUGCUGUACGAAGCGGGCGUCCGGUUCGGCUGCUGGGGCAUGGCCAUGUACUCGCUGUCCUGCGCCUGCUACUCCCUGAUCAUCGAACGGCUCAUCAAGCGCUUCCGGGCUAAGAGUGUCUACGUCGGCGGGCUGCUCUUCUACUGCCUGGGGAUGUCGCUGAUGGCCCUGUCGAAGCACCGUGUCGGGGUGAUCGUGUUUAGCUGGACUGCGGGCGUUAUGUAUUCCACCCUCUUCACCAUGCCGUAUCUGCUUGUCGCACACUACCAUUCGGAAGGUGUGUUCGAAGUAAAUGAAUGUGGCAUUGCAAAGCAGAGCACGGGUGCGAUCCGUGGACUCGGCACGGACGUGGCCAUCGUCAGCAGCAUGGUGUUUUUGGCCCAGUUUGUGCUGUCCAUCUGUAUGGGAUCGAUCGUGGCCUGGACCGGCACAACGACGGCCGUCGUUACGAUCGCUGCCAUGUUAAGCUUCUGCGGUGCCCUUUCCGCCACCCAAAUUAUGUAUCUGAAUUUGUGAAUGUUCAGACCCGCGCAGCGAAUGAAAGGAGAGGAAAAUAAGUAUUGCUUUUGAUUUUAAGCGUAGACAUCUAUCCCAAGCACCAUGCAUCCUUAGCAAUUUGUACGCCCUUCAACGUGGGUGUGUAUGUUAAUCUUUCUAGUAAGUUGUAGUCCAGACUCGUUUACUGCAUAGUUAUCUGCGAUGGUAAUUUGUGGUUCGCAUUUCAUAUUAACAUUUAUAAUGAAGCACAAGAAUCGUAUAAAAAAAGGAAGCUGAAAACAGGGACAGAGCGUUCGUCCAGUUUGCUUGUGAGUACGUUAAUUUUCACUAGUAUACUUUGCAAAUGUCCACUUGCUGUUGAUAUAUGUAAUAUAAGUGUGUGAUGUAGGAGUUUCAUUACUAUACGAAUUUGGUUUAGCUUCUUUUGCCCAAAUAUUAUAAUAUGUUUAAAUAUUGCAUCGUUGCGAACGUUGUGUCAUUUCUCAUUCGGAAAUUCGAAUCGAAAGUUUAUAAAACAUAAUUAGUUCCAGUUGCUGCCUUUUCGAUAUUAUACCGCGUUCAUUGUUCUACUGUUUUUAACAAUUAUACUCUCUAUAGAUGGUCAUGGUUAUCAACGUCAAAAGUCGUGAGACUAUUUCCAUAUCUGUAAUUGGUAAAAACUGGUAUGCCUCGUUUGCCACCAUCUUAAGCGCAAAAAAAUCUCAUUUUUCUUUUCCAAAUGCAACGAAAUUAUUGUAUUAUUGUAAGAAAUUGUACGACGAAUAUAAUAGAAGACAACUCGAGCAAAUUUCCUAAUUACCUAAACAAUACAUUAAUGAAUAAAUCAAAUGAUUAUGAAUACACAACUAAACCAAAGUAUAAACAUAUAGGUUAAAAAUGAACAAAUACAUCAAUCUAUUCAUAAUA